UAUGGCUGACAAGGACGAAUAUACCACACUAAAGACUCAGCUCACCAAGGAAAUCCUCAAGAAGCAGGAGCUCUCUAACAAACUCACGAAGCUUGAGGACCUCAUUUACGACCGUGAAAAUGAGUAUUUCAACGAGAGUGCCUAUGGCAACAUCGUCAAAGGGUUUGAGAACUUUAGCAAAAACACCAGUAAUAACAACAAAAAGCGUAUCAUUUACACGGAGGAGGACCAUAUAUUCAGUUUGGCAUCGACCCAGUAUAUCAAGAGUUUGAUGAAGAGGCAAGGCCAAAGUUUGAAGGAGGAUUAUGAUGAUUAUGAGGAUGGGGUGGAACCUCCGGAUGCUAAUGGGGUGGCAGUACAUACGCCUGGCAGUGUUGGUGGGACUCCGGGCCGCAAGAGGAAGAUCAGAGACGAGUAGAUCGAUGAAUCAAAAAAUAUUCAUAUUUCCAGGUGAAAAUCAAGAUCUGAUCAGCCUGAUCGAAUACCCAAAUUCAAUAGGCCUGUCUCAUCUUCCACAAAUGCUCCGCUGGAGCUCUUCUUCACCUUCCUAACUUUGUACAAUAGUGUAGUUUAGUCGUAAUAGUGCAUGACUGUCUUUAUUACUAUCCUUUCUUUCCAUUAGUGUAUUUUAUUCGUAUAUACAAGUGCUCACUAUCUAUCUCACGCUUUCCCCUGGUUCUUGUGGUUGUACACCCAAGGCAUGUUUGCCGGGUAAUCGGUGGGGACUCUCAUAUUUAAUGGAUACCAGUUGUUCUCGUCCAGCUUAUUGGCCAUUUGGUACAAGCUGGGACUGAUGGCCUUUAACGUGUCCAUGGCGUUGUGAAUCGACUCAUACUGUUGCUGCAACUGCUGGUAUCUCUUUGUCUCCUGUUUUCUCGUGAACGACUUCCAUGCGUUCUGGAUGGUGUUAUGCUUGAUCAAGUCUUCGUGACUGAGUUUGAUGAGUUUGGGUUGUUUUCUGGACGCCGAAAGCGCAGAAAGCUGGUUAACCACUCUUUGUGUCGAAGGGUUGACUGUCGUGGUGGCCUUGGUUCUCACGGUGAUCUUUAACGUGUUGGAUAUCAUUAUGGAGCC